AGUGAAGUAGCCGAUGAAGCUACUCCAGGACUUUUUGCUUGGAACGGCUCGGCCUCGGCUGACACCAGGUAGCGGUAGCCGUCCCUCCUCUAUCCAGUAUCCACCUGCCCCUUCACUUGGUUUCAUCAUCUCUCCUGCAAGAGGUACGUAAUUGCACUUUCCUGCAUACGUUUUGGUUCGGUUUCAGUCAUGUUGCAGAGUUUCGUCUUCGUUAGUCCAAUAGUUAGGCUACUUCAGAAGUGAUGCUAGAUGCUACGCUAGUACUAGUUCCUAGUUGCUACUGAUUCGGUGAUGAACUGCUGCUUCGGAUGCUUGGGUUCAUGGUUGUCUGCACAUUGUCGCGCCUAUGCUCUGCUUGCUUUGGUCACAGAAACUUCACCUCGUAACCAAAACAAGCGUCACGCGUUGAAGGAUGAAGAUUAGUGUCUUGAACAUAUAGAUGAUAUGCUAUAUCAUCCCUGUAAUUUUCUGAGUUGAUGAAUUUGGGCGUCUUCUUCUCGUUGAGGACAGCAAGAUGAGCUCGUUAGAUGCCACACGAGCUGAGCUCGGCCUCGUUGUUCUGUACCUGAACAAAGCCGAGGCUCGGGACAAGAUCUGCAGGGCCAUCCAGUACGGCUCCAAGUUCAUAAGCAACGGGCAGCCUGGCACGGCGCAGGAUGUCGAUAAAUCGACCACCUUGGCUCGCAAAGUUUUCCGGCUCCUCAAGUGGGUGAAUGAUCUGCAUGCUCUUAUCAGCCCGCCGGCUAAAGGGACACCUCUCACCCUUGUCCUGCUUGGCAAGUCCAAAAAUGCGCUGCUUUCGACGUUCUUGUUCCUGGAUCAAUUUGUGUGGUUAGGACGAACAGGGAUAAUCAAGAACAAGGAGGCGACGGACCGGGUUGCCAGGAUAUCCUUGUACUGCUGGAUGGCUUCUUCUGUCUGUGCAGGUCUAGUUGAGCUUGGAGAGCUUAAAAGGCUAUCAAGAUCAAUGAGGAAGCUUGCAAGAGAGCUGAGGAACACAGAUAAAUAUGAGAAUGAACAGUACCAAAACAAAAUGAAGCAGUCAGAUGAAAGGCUCCUGGCCCUUGUCAAGGCGGCCAUGGACGUGGUCGUGGCCAUUGGGCUUCUUCAAUUGGCGCCCAAGAAGGUCACUCCAAGGGUGACAGGAGCCUUUGGGUUCAUCACCUCGCUCAUCUCCUGCUAUCAGCAACUUCCUUCCCGCGCUCCUUUGGCCAAAGUCAAAGUUUGAGUAGUGUCGCCGACCUAGAAUAGUAGAAUAAAUGAGACAACGCUGGAAAUUGGUCUCUACUUCAACAAUGGAUCGUACUACAAUUUUAUAGCCCUUUUUUUUCAAAGAAGAAGACAAAAUGGAACACCAGUGAUUAUCAGUGUAUCUUCUCUUUUUGCCUAGCAAUGGACAUGUACGUACGGAAUGUUCACAUGGUUAUGUCUUUAUAUAUGCUCGUAUGGGGCUCCUAGUUUUCCACCGUGCA